AUGAAUCUACAGGCAGAGUUGUGUUUGUGGACACUACUGGGCCUGGUGCGGACUAUCUUCGACGCUACGCUCUUCAAAGUGAACGCAAAUUUAAAACAGGUAUGGCAAAUGAGUAUGCCUGCGGAAUUGUCGAUGCCAGUUCAGCAUGUACUACGAACUAUGAUAUCUGGCAUCAUGUUGGUUCAGUGCUUCACCGUGUACGUUUACCUCGCCUCGUACAUUGUCCUGCUGUAUCCUGUUUUCCUGGAAGAACGUCCCGCUCUAGUUUUGCCCUGGCUUCUGCUUGCUGCUAUAAGGAAAUUGCUGUGUGAAUUGACAAGUUUAGCGGUUGGACUAGGUACGUGUGUGCUGCUUGGGACCGCCAAACCAGCAUGCAUCAGGUUCAUAGUUGUCAAGAUUUCAUCAAUAAUGCCCGCGUUCUACAUGUGGAUGUUAGUUUACAGCUACUACCAUGUCUUGAAAGUAGCAUCAGCAUUCAAAACCUUUCCCGUCUUACUUCCACCGGAUGAGCCAGAUGAGGGGCUCGAAUUGGCUGUUAGAAGACGACGCACUAAAUCUUUAUUUACAGAAGAACAUCUUCGAAAAAAACUCGUAGCAGGCUUCUAUGCAGAAACGUCACAACCCUGUACUAAUACUAUUUCACAGCGUUCAAAAUUGAAUACCAUGGCAUUACCAGUAAACACAAAAUGUUCAGACUCAAGUAUAGAUGACGGUCAAGUAGAUGGGAUUUUACAACCAUUGUGUGUUGCAUCUACUAGAAAUAUUGAUGUCGGUACUUAUGACGAUUGGUUUGGUAGUGAAGUUGUAGUACCUCGCGGUGAUCGUAUUUUAGAACAAUUAAUUACAAUGCUGUUGAGAAUAGGCAUUUAUUUAAACAAAGAUGGAGCAGAAUCUAUUAAAUCUCACAUGUUCAAUCCAAACAUAUCUACGUUGUGGGCUCCGUGUGAAAAUAUUGAGGCAGUGUCUUCAGAUGGUUCUGAUACGCCUCCUCAUGUAGCUAACAGUAAAGGACAUACAGCUUCUUAUCUUCGUGAAUAUCCACAAAUAUUUAUGAAAAGAUUAAGUUCUGAAGCUCCUCAGCCUGAUGUUACAGUAAUUCAAGUACAAAAUACAGAGAGUGUUGUUAAAAAUCGUCUACGAACCGAAUCAUAUGAAAUCCCACCACUAGAAAUUGAAAAAAAUGUAAGUGUACGAACCCUGAGCCUCCAAAAUAAAAAAUCAUCCAGGAGUAGUAUAAGUAUUGGACUACAAGUGCCAAAUCCGCAAAAUGAACAAAAUCACAACGAAAACCUGAAUAAAUUUGUUGGAGAAAUAAUAAAUAAUUGUAUCAGAACAAUUUCUGAUAGAUCCAAGGCGAAGUCCGAAGAGAUAGUACAAAGUUUAAUAGCCUUUGCUAUCCCUUCUGAUGAAACACUUUUGCCUAAACGGGAAGAAUUAAAGAAACGAUUAUCUUGUGAAAACUCCCUUAUAGAACAAAACAAGAAUGAAGAAACUGAUACAUCAUCAUCACAAUCUACAAAAAGUAAAGACGAACAGGUAACUGACAUAUUAGAAGUUCAAAAUAGUGAGGCUGCGGAAAACAACUCAGCAGGUACUUUGAACGUUCAAAAUAAUCAACGCAACACAAGUCAUACGAAGAACGCCGCAUCGGCUAUAAAUAAAGUUAAAAAAGAUUAG